AAUACUUACAUUGUCUAUGCAAAUCACCGGGAAAAAUACAUCAAAGCAAAAUAUGUUUAAUAUAUUUUAACUAUUCAACAAUUAAGUGGCUAAUAAACACAAAUUGUGUAUAUAACAAUAUUUUUCCUGGAGACUUGCAUCACUUAUUCGAUAGUGUGUUGUUCAACGAUAGUACUUUGUAUUGUGAUUAAUAAUCAUUUUAUCAGUAAGGUUAGAACUUCCACUGAUUACUCACUUGUUUAAUUGUCUCUUACGUUCGUGCUUGCUCAAAAAUCCACAAGUAGUACACAAUGUCUGAGAACACAAGAAGUUCUGCAUUCAGAAAAAUCGACGUCGAUCAAUUCAAUGAGAAUUUCAAAGAUGACGAGCAAACGGAAAAUCAAUCGACGACUGCCAUUCCAGACGAAUCCGAAAUUACAACGAUGAUUAACCAAGGUCGUUUUGCUGAUGCUUUAAAAUCUGCAUUGAAAAAUGCCCCUUUAGGAUCAAAAAAUCAACAAUUAAGGGACAAUGCCUUAAAUGUUGUAAUGAAAGUUCUUCUGGCCACCAAACUAUCACAAAUAGAUGAAGUUGUUGCUCAAUUAGAUAUUGACAUGGUAGAUAUUCUUAUGAAGUAUAUUUACAAAGGAUUUGAAAAAUCAAAUGAGAAAAAAAGCAGUCAUCUCCUCAUGUGGCAUGAAAAAGCCUAUGCUCUUGGAGGAGCUGGUAGUAUAAUCAGAGUACUUACUGAUCGCAAAAGAGUGUAAUGUAAUUAACAAUUUGUUUAAUUUUUAUUUAAACAUUAAUAUUAUAAUGUCAAAAAUUGUAUUUGAUACUACAUAAUUAUUAUUUUAUUUUUAUUAAGUUUUAUAAGUAUCAGCAUUUAAUUUUAUUAAGGUAAUAUAAUAACAUGUAUUGUCAAAUAGUAUUAUUUUCUAAAAACUCAAUUAUGUCCUUUUUAUUAGCAUUGAUAUAUGCUGUUCGUUUAAAAGAAUAUCAAGUGGUUUUUAAAAGCAUUUGUUAAAAUAUUAACUUUUUAAAUAUAUUUUUAGCUGUUUUUAUAAAUUGGGUUACUAGGUAUAAAUUAAAUUAUGUCUUAAUUAAUUGUCAACCAUG